UCUCCCCGCCCCCCCGAUCUGCCAAUGGUCCGUUCCAAAACCCGGAAGUGCAGAGGAAUAAGUUUAUUGGAAAGUGGAGUUUAUCUGCUCUUUCUUCCGCCUCCCUCUGUGAACGGAGAAUCUGUAUCUGCGCGCGCGCUUAUGAAUAUGCAAAUGAGUAUGCUAAUGAGGCGUGCCUGGCAGCGGCUGCCACACUGAUCUGGGUUGCGGGGAACAGCCCGGCAGCAGGGCCCGGAAGUAAGGGACACCCCAGCGCUGUAAGAGGCUUCCAUAGGAGUCCGAAACCGGAGACUAACCGGAUAUUGGUGGAACGAGGUUCUGCGCUUGAGCCGCUGUCCUGCAAGGCCCGGGGUUAUAGCGAGAGCAUGGAACAGCCUCAACCGCCAGCCGGUGGAGGCGGAUAUGGAGGGGGACCCCCGCCACCUUCCAAGGGCAACAAGGAGAAAAAGAAACCCAAGGGCCAAGAUGAAGGUGGAGAUGGAAAGUCCAAGAAAUUUACCUUUAAGCGGCUGAUGGUAGAUGAGCUUGAGCGAUUUACCAGCAUAAGGGUGAAGAAAGAAAAGGAGAAGCCUUAUGCGUCACACAGAAACUCCACUAACUUCACAGACAGCGCAAGCCCCCUCCAAACCUUGCAGGAACUUGAAGAUGAAGUUGUUCUUCAGCUGUUUGAAAAAAUGCUGGAUGAUAUGAACCUCAAUCUAGAAAAGCAGCAACCACUACGAGCGAAGGAUAUAAUGAUAAAAAGAGAGAUGGUUUCCCAAUAUCUGCACACAUCCAAAGCCGGCAUGAGCAAAAAGGAGAGUACUCGUUCUGCAUUAAUGUACAUUCAAGAAUUAAAAUCUGGGAUAGGAGAAGGUUCCCUUCUUGCUUGCUUAGAGUCACUCAGAGUAUCUUUAAAUAACAAUCCUGUCAGCUGGGUACAAAAUUUUGGUGCAGAGGGUCUUUCGUGCCUUUUAGAUAUUCUCAAAAGAAUACAGGAUGAGCAAGCAUCAAUGCGGGAUACGAGAAGCGAGCAUGAGAUCAUCCGAUGUCUGAAAGCUUUUAUGAAUAACAAUUUUGGAAUUAAGACAGUGCUGGGCACAGAAGACGGGGUUUUGCUGUUAGCAAGAGCAGUAGAUCGAUCUGUCCCUGCGAUGAUGAUUGAUUCCUUGAAGCUGCUUUCUGCCCUGUGCAUCCUGCCACAGCCAGAGGACAUGCAUGAGCGGGUUCUUGAAGCCCUCACCGAGAGAGCAGAGAUGGAGGAAAUGGAACGGUUUAAACCUCUUCUAGAUGGGUUAAGCAGUGGAAAUUCCGUGGCUCUGAAGGUGAGCUGUAUGCAGCUAAUCAAUGCAUUGAUCAGCCAAGGAGAGGAGCUAGAUUACCGAGUUCACAUCCGAAGUGAAUUGAUGCGCUCGGGACUGAACAAACUCCUGAAGGAAUUACAUAAUACAGAGAACGAAGACCUGAAGGUGCAGCUUGGUAUUUUUGAAGAGCAUUCUGAACUCGAUUCUGAUGACUUGCGAGGACGUCUGGAUGACAUCCGCAUUGAAAUGGAUGAUUUCAAUGACGUCUUCCAAGUCCUUCUAAACACUGUCAAGGACUCUUCUGCAGAACCAUUAUUUCUUUCCAUCCUUCAGCAUCUUCUGCUAAUUAGAAAUGAUUAUGAUGCCAGGCCGCAGUACUAUAAACUGAUAGAUGAAGUUAUAUCACAGAUAAUACUUCAAAAAAACGGGGCUGAUCCAGACUUCAAAUGCAAGCAUGUAAGCGUAGAAAUCGAAAAUCUGAUAGAUCAUCUAAUCGACAAAAAGAAAGUAGAAACAAGCGAGGCAAAAGCACGGGAUCUAGUGAAAAAGUUGGAUCUAGAGCUCACCGCACGCCAUGAACUCCAGGUGGAAAUGAAAGCCAAAGAGAGUGACUUUGAGCUGAAAAUAACAGAGCUGCAGGGGGAGAAAGAAACUUUGGAUUCAGAGAAGCAACAAAUCACGGCCGACAAGCAAAAACUAGAGACUGAACUUACCCAGCUUGAAGAGAAGGUUGAAAAAUUGUCAAAUGAACUUGAAGUUACCAAAAAAGAAAUGGCAACAAUGUCCACGUCUGCUGUUUUAAUCCCUGUACCUUCUACCUCUGAAAAUGUGCCACCAGCUCCUCCACUUCCUCCUUUCAGUAAGGGUGGAGCUGCUAAUCUUCCCCCUCCCCCACCACCACUUCCAGGUGCAAUUGGUAUUCCACCCCCACCACCACUUCCAGGUGCAAUUGGUAUUCCACCCCCACCACCACUUCCAGGUGCCAUUGGUAUUCCUCCACCUCCUCCACUUCCAGGUGCCAUUGGUAUUCCUCCACCUCCCCCACUCCCAGGUGGAACUUUUAUUCCUCCACCUCCCCCACUUCCAGGUGGCACUGGUAUUCCUCCACCUCCCCCUCUUCCAGGUGGCUUUGGUAUUCCUCCACCUCCCCCACUUCCAGGUGGUGUUGGCAUUCCUCCACCUCCUCCACUUCCAGGUGGCACUGGUAUACCUCCCCCACCACCAUUUCCAGGUGGCCCUGGAAUUCCUCCUCCUCCCCCCCUAUUUCCAGGAGCUCCACCUCCACCUCCAUUUCCUGGUGGCCCUGGUGUUCCACCUCCACCUCCUGGAUUUGGAGGUGGUGUUCCUCCACCACCAGGACUUGGAGGCUGGGGGGCACCAGCACCCUUACCAUUUGGCUUGGCUCCUAAGAAAGUUUAUAAACCAGAGGUCCAACUGAAGAGACCCAACUGGUCAAAGAUCACUCCUACCGAGCUCUCUGAGAAAUCUUUUUGGACUCGGGCAAAAGAAGACCGUUAUGAAAAACAAGAUCUGUUUGCAAAAAUAACCCUCACUUUUUCUUCACAAACCAAGUCUACUAAAGCAAAAAAAGAAGAUGGAGAUGACAAAAAAGCCGUACAGAAGAAAAAGGCCAAGGAACUCAAAGUGUUGGAUUCCAAGACAGCCCAAAACCUGUCAAUCUUCCUUGGUUCAUUCCGAAUGCCAUACGAAGAAAUCAAAAAUGUCGUCCUAGAGGUGAAUGAGGAAGUGUUGACUGAAUCAAUGGUUUCAAAUCUGGUCAAGCAAUUACCAGAAGCAGAACAGUUACAGAUGUUAGUAGAGUUCAAGGAUGAGUACAAGGAUUUGGCAGAGCCAGAGCAGUUUGGAGUAGUGAUGUGCAGUGUCCCCCGAUUGCGGCCACGACUCAACGCCAUUCUCUUUAAACUUCUCUUUAACGAGCAAGUUGAAAAUAUCAAGCCUGACAUUGUGUCAGUGACUGCUGCUUGUGAAGAAUUGCGAAAGUGCCAAAGCUUUGCUACUCUCUUGGAAAUCACACUGCUGGUUGGGAACUACAUGAAUGCCGGAUCAAGGAACGCUGGGGCUUUCGGCUUUGACAUUAGCUUUCUCUGCAAGUUAAAAGAUACCAAAUCAGCAGACCAGAAGACCACACUGCUACAUUUCCUUGUGGAUACUUGUGAGAAUGACUACCCUGAUGUAUUGAAGUUUCCAGAUGAGAUGGUUCAUGUAGAAAAGGCCAGUAGAGUGUCGGCUGAAACAUUGCAAAAGAACUUGGAUCAAAUGAAAAAGCAGAUUGCAGACCUUCAGAGAGACAUUGAGAGCUUCCCACCAUCAGACGAUGAUAAGGAUAAGUUUGUAGAAAAAAUGUCAAUAUUUGUUAAAGAAGCUCAAGAACAGUAUACUAAGCUUUGCAUGAUGCACGAAAACAUGCUGUCCUUGUUCCAAGAUUUGGGGAAAUACUUUGUGUUUGACCCCAAGAAAACAUCCAUUGAAGAGUUCUUCUCAGACCUGCAAAAUUUCCGGAACAUGUUCUUGCAAGCUCUCAAAGAUAACCAGAAGAGACGGGAAGCAGAAGAGAAGAUGAAGAGAGCCAAACUUGCCAAGGAGAAGGCAGAGAAGGAGAGGUUAGAGAAGCAGCAGAAGAAAGAACAACUCAUUGAUAUGAAUGCAGAGGGUGACGAAACUGGAGUGAUGGACAGUCUGCUUGAAGCUUUGCAAUCGGGAGCCGCAUUCAGAAGGAAAAGGGGUCCCCGGCAAGCUAACCGAAAGGCCGGCUGUGCCGUCACCUCACUGCUAGCAUCGGAGCUCACUAAAGAAGAUGCAAUGACCUCAGUGGCCACUAAGAAGCAAAAGCCCAGUGAGCCGGAUAUGAUGGAAACCGACGUAGGACUGCACGAAGAUGCCCAAGAUAUGCUUACACGAGCCAGUUAACGGGGCGGCUUACACCCGUAUUUAAGCUUAUGUAUAGGAAACCUUUGUGGAACUCAGAAUAUGAUCAACACUGAAUCACUUUGGACUUUGUCAGAGGACACCAGCAUAGGUCUUUGUCCGUUCCAUUAAUAGUUUAAUAAUUUAUAUGCAGUGGUGGGGAUCAUCGGCGGUAUUUCUUUUCCUUUGUAUGCUUAGUUUCAGAAAGUAAGUGGGUCAGGAGCUUGUAACUUCAGCUUGCUAUGUAUUACAGACCUGAGAGGAUAUCGGAUAUGCACUGCAGUACGGCCGAGCGUGCCAAUGAAGGAAAUCCCAGCUGGUAGUUUAGAGGUUGGUUGUUAUUAUUAAGCCCUCUAAAGGCACCUGUAUACAAAGUGACUAUAGCAUCACUAACCAAAGUCCAAGAUAGGAUAUACUGCCUUAAAUACAGUUUCUUUGUGAUGGCUUCUCACACACACACACAAAGGACAUUCUUAUCCGUUUAACGUCACUGUCUGUUUUACGUGAUGACAAGCUAUUUUGCUGUGCGUUUUCUCUGCCUUUAUAACGUUUAUAGGUCAAACUCUGAGCUUAAGCUGAGCUCUUCUUCAUUUGUUCACACUGGAUCCCUCUGUUGGUUGAUGAUGCCUCAAGACUUACCUGACUGCAGCCAUGUUUGUUUCUGUGUUUUGUUGCAGCAGUCUGUUUGGUAUGAUAUAGGAUUAUACCUCCAAUAGACCUCUCUGACAUAUCAUCCAAGUAUUACCUCUGAUAUGUGAUGGCAAACUCAUUUUUAUACAAGUACGUUUGCCAUGAAUGUUGGGAUGGGGAUCAUUUACAGAAUGAGGUUUUAUUAGUCACUAGGUUCAUCAUUUAUAACUUUUCCAUGGGUUCAUCUCUGUAUAUCAUAGCAAAGAAGUGAAGGCACUGUAUUGCAUGAGACAGACAUUCCCUUUGCACAGCUACUGUGUUUUGAAUCAGGGUUUUUAUUCUGUUCGGAUUCUUAUUGUUGCUGAGCAAUCUCUUUCGAAAUGUAUCUAUUUUUGUAUUUUAUUUUUAACGAAUGUAAAAUUAGAAUCUCUUACGUGAUGAGGUAACCAGAGUAGAACUCCAACCUUCAUAUCAGUUUCACCUUUGCAAGCAAUGUCGGAUGACAUUAAUCUGGCUUGUGUAAAUGCCGCCUUUGGGCGUUCCUGCUAUAUCGUAUGGGCAAAAAUGGAAGAAAAAGAAUAUAGAGCUUUGGUGUUGUGGUCCCUAGUGGCAGUGUAAUAGCCACUAUGAAGUUAAGAUUAUGGCCAUAAUCAUGAACAUGGAAAGCCAAAAACGCCAGCACAGAUCUAUGCUUUAUGCAGGUCUACUGAAUAUGAAGCACAUUGUUACAACUAAGUGUACCCCCAAAAAAUGCAGGAUUUGGGUGAUUCCUGGGCUGUUACGAUCUGAUUCCAAACUCAUGUUGCCAAGAAAGUUUUAUGUUUUGGAGUGAUGGAUUACAAAGCUUUGCUCAGAUACAUUAGGAUUGUGUUUAAUAUGGAAACUCAAUUCAUUUCAGUAUUUGGUCACCUCAUUUUCUGCACUUGGCUGCAUUCGAACAUUACCAACGUGGUGCGUCCCUUUAAGGUUUUAAUCAUCAAAGUGAGAGUAUCCCCAAGGCUGUAUAAUGCAGCCCCUAAUUUAGCACUGGCUAUAGCUUGAUGCCCCCGUGCAGGUGUUGCUAGUGUUUUGCCAUCCUUCCGUAUAAAACCAACAGUCCCGUUCUUAUGAAUAUUUAGUCAAACACUGCAAGGGCGGCACUUUUCUUUUAUGAUUAUGCAGACGUAUUUCUCAAAUGCUGGAAUGUAUUAAAACUGGUAUUUUGUUUUACACACUAUACAUUAUAUAGGUUCAGAUUUAUGUUUAUUGUAUUUUAGGAAGAAAAAAAAAAAAGCUAGAAUCAAACUGGAGUAAUUAUUAUUAUUAUUUUCACGGCUUAUUGCCCAUCUUGAAAUGAUUGCCCUACAUGUACUGUAUCAGUACCAGAUUCAAUGGAAGGAGGAGCGGGGCACUGUGCUGAUUGGUACGUAAAAGCAUCCUUGAUGGAAGGGUAUAAAGAAGAAGAAAAAAGCCAGUGAUCUAUGUAUUUUAUUAUUUAGCAUCCACUCUUAUUGCGUAUUCACACUUUCUGUGCCGGUAUAACUGUACUGAGAUUCCCUUUCCUGUCUUCAUUUAUGGUUCACACAGUUUACAUUAUCGGCAACUGGAAAAGAACAUAUUCCCGCUUUCAUAUAGUGAAAUGAUAAAAGACAUAUCAAUCCAUAGUUGGGGUCUUUACGUAAGUCCUCGACAAUGACAAUACCGUUUGAAAAGCCUGUGGCACUGAACUUUGUAUUGAAUGUACCUCUUUUGGGGCCUUCAGUGAGGCUAAAACUCUGGUGAGCUAAUUGAUUGGCUGCACCAGCAUUGAAUCACUGAUAUUAAGCGCUGUGCGGGAGGGGGGUUUGAGCUUCGAUCGCAUAACUACUACCUUCAAACACUUUCUUUGUCAUGAAACGUGUCCGACACAGCAAUGGGUGCUUAUACUUUUGCCGAAAAGGCUUUUCAGACUGCUGCUGCUGCUUUGCUGUUCAUUGACUCAAAAUUAAAAUCUGCCAAAAUCCAUUUUCAUUAGUCUGGCAUACUGCAGUUGUGUAUCUUGCACAGCCUUUGUAAUCAUUAAUAAAUCUGUAUGGAAGUUUUUUCAUAGA